GGAUUAGAAGUUUAGCAUUAUAAAAAGGGCAACAAAAAAAGAGGACUCUUAUUGAAUACCCCCCCCCCCCAACCAAAAAAAAAAAGAAAGAAAAGAAACAGAGAAGUUAGUAUCUGUCUACAAUAUUAUUAUUAUUUGUUUAUUUUAUUUUAUUUUAUAUUUAUUUAUUUAUUAUUGAGAAGGAAUCGGAAUAAAAAAGGGCUUUCAAUUCUCAACCCCAAGUAAGUCGUGGAUCCUUUUGUUGUGGGGGGGAAUUUCAAGCUUCCUUUCUUGGCUUCAGAAAGUUGGGAUUUUGAUGGUAAUGUGGGUGUUGUGUUGACGGCUAUCCUAUUAUUCAGCUUUCGUUCCCAUGGAUUUCUCUUUUGAGGGAGUUGCACUUGAUCCAUCAAAAUGUAGUAAAUUGAGUAUGGAUGAAAAGAGAGAACUAGUCUAUGAAUUAUCAAAGAGGACAAGUAGGGCCCCCGAAAUGCUACAAUCAUGGAGCCGUCAAGAGAUUUUACAAAUCCUAUGUGCUGAGAUGGGGAAAGAAAGGAAAUAUACUGGCUUGACUAAGCUGAAAAUUAUAGAAAACCUUUUCAAAAUUGUAGCCGAAAAGAAUUCAGGGGAUCAUGAGAGUGUAAUGGAUCCUGAAAUGCAAUCCUCCCCAACAAAUGGUCAGAGAACAGCCAAAAGGCAGAGGAAAGCUGAUCAUCCUUGUCGACUGCCUGUUCCGGUCAAUGAUUUUGCAACCAACAAUGGUGGCGAUGACAUGACCAAUGCUAUUUAUUGUAAAAAUUCGGCUUGCAAGGCUAGCUUGAGACAAGAAGAUACGUUUUGCAAGAGGUGUUCCUGCUGCAUUUGUUAUAAGUUUGAUGACAACAAGGAUCCCAGCCUGUGGUUAAUAUGCAGCUCAGAGCCUCCUUUCCAAGGCAAUUCUUGUGGCAUGUCAUGUCAUCUUGAGUGUGCUUUAAAACAUGAGAAGUCUGGUUUUCUAAAAGAUAAACGGCAUGCUGGACUUGAUGGGAUCUUUUAUUGUGUACCAUGUGGGAAAGUAAAUGAUUUGCUUGGGUGCUGGAGAAAACAAUUGAUGGCUGCGAAAGAUACGAGGAGGGUGGACAUACUCUGUUAUCGUGUCUCUUUAGGCCAAAAACUUCUUAAUGGUACUCAAAAGUACCAAAAACUUUCUGAGAUCAUCAAUGAAGCAGUUAAGAAGCUUGAAGCUGAAGUAGGUCCAUUAACUGGUGUGCCUGUGAAGAUGGGCAGGGGUAUCGUCAACAGGCUUUCUUCAGGACCUGAGGUUCAGAAACUAUGUUCUUCCGCGGUGGAGUUGCUUGAUAAAAUGAUUUUUGAUAUGAUCUCAAAUUCUUUACCAGCAGGUUCAAGCCCAAAACCUCCAUCAAUUAUACGCUUUGAAGAUGUUCGACCAACUUCCGUUACUGUGAUUGUGGGUUCUGAAGAAACUUUACCAGGCGUUAAUGUUGGUUACACUUUGUGUUAUCGCAAGGUUCAUGAUAUGGAAUAUCCUGAAAAACCGAUUAGUACCAUGUUAGUGCCAAAUAUGAGGUAUGUUGCCACAGGGUUGACUCCAGCUACAGAGUAUCGUUUCAAAAUUGUCUCCUUUAAUGGGACGAGAUGGGAAAUUCCGAUUUCAACAGCCUGUAUCGGAGAUGAAGUCCCAAGCUGCCCUGUGAUGGGAAUAAGUCAAAGCCCAACAACCAACUGUAGUAGCCUUUCUAAUCCAUCUUCUGUGGAGGAUGAAACUAAUAAUGUUACUCCGUAUAGUGAUCAGAAUGAUGACCGGGCAGACAAUUAUCUGACAUAUUGCAAGGACACUGAUAAAAUUGUUUCCACAAAUCUAUGUGAAGGUGGCCCUAACACGGGUGAAGUUUCUCUAUUGGGCAUGGACCGUGCUAUAGUUGGUCCCUUGCCCGAUUCAGAUGUCGUAAAUGUUGAGAAAAAACACACAUUGGAUGACCCAAUUACGGAGGAUACAAGCACCGAUAACGGUUCUGAUGCCCUGGUUCAGAUUGGUACUGAGUGCGUGCCAUUUGUGGGUUGUUCAGAAGCUGCCCUUCCUGUUACUCCCUGUAGGAUGGAAAUAGUUAAAGAUGGGCAAGGAAGGAGUGGGAGAAGUAAAACCAGCAACAAGGACCUAGAGAAUCAGACCGGGAAUGCAGAAGAUCACCAAGACGGAAGCUCCUCCAAGAAGAGAAGUGGGGAAAGACGGGAUGAAGAAUGCGUGGAAAAUGGACUCUCAGAAAUGGAUUUCAAGCAUUGUGUGAAGGUGAUCAGAUGGUUGGAAUGUGAAGGACAUAUCGAGAAGAACUUCAGGCAAAAAUUCCUAACCUGGUAUAGUUUGAGAGCCACUACACAAGAAGUGAGGGUUGUGAAGGUAUUCAUUGAUAUCUUGAAUGCAGACCCGGCAUCGCUUGCGGAGCAACUGGUUGACACUUUCUCGGAUUGUAUCUCGAGCAAAAAAUCGUCUGUGGUGCCUGCUGGUCUUUGUAUGAAGCUUUGGCAUUGAUGUAAGUGGGUGGUAUAUGGUAGAGCUAUAAGAUGGAAGUAGUUUUUGAGUGCAAACCUUGUCAAGGUUUGUAUUAGCAUAAUUCUUUAGACCCAUAACUUAUAUUCAUCAUUUUCUUAUAGACAGACAGUCACCAUAUUAUAUAUAUUUAACAUUAGCUUAUGUCAUUCUUAUGAUUAUGUAAAGGAUGACAGAAUUCUUAUCCUUUAAUAGAACAGUUAUUGGGCUGAUCCAAUUGAAGGAAACAAAUUCGCAGAUCA